AAUCAUACGUCUCGUCACUUUUCUGUUCUAAGUCAUAUAGAUUAUCAAUAAACGUACGGUUUCCCUAUGUUUUCUAUGUUCUAAUAUAUAUUUACCAUAAUAUAAUUUAUACAUAAAAUUAAGGAGUAUCAAGCUAUGAUUCUGUCAUGACUGCCCAAAUCAGCGCCUGUGUUUCCGUGUAUGUUGAUGGCUGAAAAUUAAUUACGAGAAGAAUUUAACUUAGGCAGAUUUUUUUAAGGACUUAAAGAUUCGCAUUGGAACAGACGUUUGAAAUGUCACAGUUUGGGCAAACCACAAAAAACCCUCCAUGGGUGAGGACUACAGCACAAACACUCGCAACAGGAGUUGGACAGCAACAGCAGCAGCAAAUGCAAACACAAAUGAUUGGCCAAAAUACAAUGGGAACUUUGGGAACUCCUACAAUGGUGCAGUAUCAGCAGCAGCAGCAACCAGUCUUUCAAACUCCAAUUGGCAUGCAGCAGCCUGGUAUGGCAAUGACAACAAUGCCUACUGGAAUGGCCACGGCUGGUGUAGCCAUGCAGACAGCUCUUGGAAACACACAGAUGUUCCCACAAGUUGCUACUGUCAGCUACCCAACACCACGUUCUUUGAAUCCUACUGCUUUCCAAAGUGCACCAGUGACAGCUGUUCCACCAGUGCCACCUGCAAAUCCCAACCCAUCACCUAAGCAACGAGUCUUCACAGGAACAGUUACAAAAGUCCAUGACAAUUUUGGCUUUAUAGAUGAAGAUGUUUUCUUCCAGACAAGUUGCUGUGUCAAGGGAUCAAAUCCAGUCGUGGGGGACAGGGUUCUUGUGGAAGCAUCAUACAACCCAAAUAUGCCAUUUAAGUGGAAUGCAACCAGAAUCCAAGUCCUGCCAAUGUCUACAGCAAACACUACUCAGCGGCCCCAGAACAAGCAGGGUUUCACUACUGCUCCUAGCCAGAAUACUUACAAUGCAGUCCCUCCACCAGCCGAAAAUUCAGGAAGUGGAAGCAAUUAUGGAAAUCGGAGCAAUCAGCGCAAAUCCAGCCGUCAGGAUAGAAAGGACAGAGCAAGAGAAACAGAUGAUGAGGAAGUUGAUAGAAAGAAGAGGAGGGAGGAAAGGAUCAGGGAGAGAGAGGAGAAAGAAAAGAGAAGCCCUUCUGUCCGACAACGGAGCAAAAGCCCUAGACCUCGCAGAAGGCAGCGAAUUGUUCCACGUUACAUGGUUCAUAUACCGAAAAUGGCACUUGAUCUUCCUGAAGCAGAUGUGUUAGAACUUCGCCGCAGAUAUUCAAACAUGUAUGUUCCAUCUGAUUUCUUCUCUGCCAACUUUCGAUGGGUUGAUGCUUUCCCACCAAAUACCCCAUUCACUUUAGAUCGACCAUGCUCCUUUCAUGUCAUGCAUAAGGAAGUGGAUGCUGUCCUUGACAAUAAGGCUGUGCUGGAACCACCAGAUGCUGACUACUUGUUCUCAGCAAAGGUGAUGUUAAUGAGUAUGCCAUUGAUGGAAGAGGUGUACCGCAAAUGCUGUCAGCUUGCAGAAGAAAAAGACAAGGACUCAGAUGAUGGGCGUGAUUUUGUACACCCAACACGGCUCAUCAAUUUCCUUGUUGGACUUCGUGGGAAGAAUGAAACUAUGGCAGUAGGUGGUCCAUGGAGCCCAUCACUCGAUGGUCCCAAUCCUGACAAGGACCCUGCAGUUCUCAUUCGUACAGCCAUCCGUACGUGUCAGGCUCUUACUGGCGUCAAUCUCAGCAGUUGCACUCAGUGGUAUCGGUUCCUGGAGAUUUACUACCGACGCGGAGAGACCACGCACAAGGGUCGAACGGUGGCGGCGCGGGUUGAAACAGUGGUACUAUUUCUCCCAGAUGUUUGGAGCUGUGUGCCAACCCGUCUUGAAUGGGAUGGCUUGCAUCUCAACUACAAGAAGCAACUGGAACGCAAGCAGAAGGCUGACCAAGACGCGGCCAACGGCGCUACGGGCGAUGAAAAGGAAGUUGGUGAAGAAACGCAAGAUGUCAAAAGAGAACCAACACAUUUUUCGGAACUUGACCCAAAAACAAUGAAGGUAAGUGAGCUGAGGCAAGAGCUAGAGGCACGCACAUUGAGUCCCAAGGGACUGAAAUCGCAGCUAAUAGCUAGGCUUACAAAGGCAAUCAAAACAGAAGCUGAGAAGGCAGAAGAAUUGGAAGAAGAGAAGAAGAAGGCUGAACCAGAACCUCCAAAACAGGAUUCGGAUAGCAGGGAAGAUGAGAAGAGAAACAGAGAAGAGGAAGAUCGAAAAAAGCAAGAUGAGCGAGAGAAACUGGCACGAGAAAAGCGUUACACAUUGCCUGAUGGGCCACACAUCCUUGUUCACCCAUCACGUACAGCAAAAUCUGGCAAAUUUGAUUGCACAGUAAUGUCAUUGUCAGUGUUACUGGACUACAGGCCUGAGGACACAAAGGAGCAUUCUUUUGAAGUAUCAUUAUUUGCAGAACUGUUCAAUGAGAUGCUUAUGCGUGAUUUUGGAUUUAGAAUCUACAGAGCUCUACAUGAUGCACCAGAGCGCCCAAAAGAAGAGGAGAAAGACAAGGACAAAAAGAAGGACAAAAAAGAUGACAGAAAAUCUGACAAGAAGAAUGGCAAAAGAGAAGAAAGGGAUGAAAAGAAAGAAGACAGACAUUCAAAAGACAAAAGUAGAAAUGAUAAGGAGAGGAAUGAAGAAAAAGAUGAGGAUGAUGAGGAGGAGGAUGAUGAGGAUGAUGAUGACUUGAAAGAUGACAGAAGAGAUAAAGACAAAGAUGAUAAGGACAGAAAACGAGAUAAAGACAAAAAGAAGAAAGAUAAAGUGAAGCUUUAUACAGAAGAUCCUUUGCUACUUCUUGCUUUUCUGUAUUUUGAUCAAUCACAUUGUGGUUACAUUUUUGAUAAGGAUAUAGAAGAACUACUAUAUACACUAGGUUUAAAUCUCUCUAGAGCUCAGGUCAGAAAACUUGUUCAGAAAGUUGUGACAAGAGAUUCCCUCCACUACAGAAAGUUAACGGAUAAGCCAAUUUCUAAGCAAGAGGAAGGAAAAGAGAAGGAACAUGAUAGACAGAAAGAAGAACUGGCAUCAGUUCCAUCUAGUGAAAACUUAAUUGCCUUAGCCUAUGGUAAUAAGAGAUUCCUGCCUGUAUUCACACACUUUGGUUCUGCUGGCUCACCACCUUCAAAACGUGCAAGGAGAGACAUAGCUGAUGAAGGAAAGGAGACUUCAUCAACUCCUGAGGGUUUCAUAAUGUAUAAAGGUUGCCUUCUGGAUAUAGAGAAGCUGAUGCAGCAGCUUCAGAGGAGUGAGAAGGCACGCCUUGAUACCGAAAACAAAAUGAUGAAUAUUAAGCGUGAUCUUGGUGUGAUGAAAGAACACACUAAGGUAUUGACAAGCACAGCAAAGGAACUAACUCAGGAACUUCAUGAUUAUAGAAGCAAACUAGCAGAAACUGAAGAGGAAUUAACAAAUGUUAAAGCAAAGUCUGAUGUAUUUUAUUCUGCCUUAAAAGAUGUCCAAAUAAGAAUUGCACCAGUAAUAGCAUCAGAAAACGCAGCUGAAAAUUCUGGUGCAAGACUGUCAACUGGCAACAAGACACUAGAGAAGUCUAAAGCAUGCGCCUCAACGCCAGAAGACGACGACGACGAAAGAAAGUUGCAGCAAGUGCUUAAGGACGAGGAGAAACCUGUUACUUACCUAACAGUUCAAAGUGAUUUGACAAGUAAUUCUGUAGAAUCUGACAUCCCAGAUGAGGCCACAGUAAAAUUGGAAUGUCAUUCUGAGACUGAAGUCUGUAUUUAUUUGGAUGAUGAGAUCACAGAAUUGAAUGGAAGUGAGUCAGUUAAGCAAGAACAAGAAACAGUAAGUGAAACUGCAGAAAGCACACUCAAUCUAGAAACAGUAAGUGAAACUGCAGAAAGCACACUCAACCUGGAAACAGAUUCUGCUGAGAAAGCAGAGGAUUCAGAAAACAGCACUGCAGCUUGUAUUCAAAGUUCAGAAAAAGAAUCUGUGGCUACAACACAGAGUCCUGAAAGUGAAGAAGUGGAAAGCUCAAGUCAAAUAGCAGAAAAUAAACUGGAAGCUGAAGAGAUUUCUGAGGCUACAAGAACGGAUGAAGAUACACAGGCUGGUGAACAAAGUGAGAUAGAUGACAGGGCGAAAAGUGAAACUACUGUAGGGGAAAGUGCACCUUGUGAACAAAUGGAAACUGUAGAGAAUACAGAAAAUGAAACAAGCGAAACCUCAGGUAGUGCAGUUCCUAUGGAAUGUGACUGAUCCAUGUGGGAAAUUUGUUUUUGGAACUGAUGUAGUGUCACGUUUCAUCCUGUCGUAAAGAGAAACAUUCCUGCAGAGGAUAUAUUUAUUUACUGUGUGUCAGUCAAGAAGUUCUGUUUAAUUUUCUAGAUUUUACGAGUGAAUGUAGUAGUGACUAUGUCAAACUAAUCCUUUGUGGGCUUGUUUCACAUGCAUUUGGUAAAAGGUAUAUUACACAAAUGCAUAAUGUGCAAUGUCAAGUACAAUAAUUAAUGCAGUGAAGGAAAAUAUAAAUAUUAGUGACUUUAUGUGUAAGUUGAAAGAAAUGUAAUAAUUGUUUAAAUUUGGGUAGUAGCCUAUGUGUAACUGUUAUGCUUUGUGUGUACUGUGGAGAGUUUUAUUACAGCAAACGUUUUUAUAUGUAAAUAUCCCUGAUACUAUUUUGUGCAUACAAUUGUAAUAUGAGUAUAGCAUUACAAGUGACUUUGCUUGAAAGUACAAAGGAGGAGGAGUGUUGGUUUUGAUGUAUAUUACAACUUUAGAGAUGUAUGUAUGACACAGAAGUGGUUCAUGAAAUCCCUAGCCUCCAUUUUUAGGGAAAUAAAGAAAAUUUUUAAGUAA